AAUCCGGUGACAGUACUAAUGUUACACCGGUGCCUUAUUGCAUGGUCAGGAAUUGGCCUUUAGCAACGAACUAUGUUGAAGUUGUGAAUAAAUUUUAAAAAGUCGUAAUUUUGGUUUGAAUGUUCUGGUCAAUGCUGAUUCUUGUGGCCGCUGCUGACGCCUGCUGCGAGAACGCUUCUCUACCUCGCCCGGACCCCCAGGAGCUGCAAGUCCGGUAUGUACCGCACGGGAUCCAACUACCAACAGCGCCAUACCCAGCAAGAAGGAACCCGGCAUUCCAAGCUCGUAGAGCACACUUUCAACUUCCACCACCCGAAAACUCUCAAAAGGAAAAAGAAAAUAAAGAUUUAUUCGGACAGGACCCUCCUCUAGGUCCCUAUCCACCGCUAGCGGACCUAAAAGGCCACAAUUUGUCACCUCCUCAAAUACCAAGAUACCAAGGUCAAGAAUUUCCCAGAGAAGAAAGUUUGGAAUAUCUAACACCACGUGGACAAGGCAUUCUAGAUGGUUUAGCUUACAGAUCUCACGCGUUAGAACCAAAUAUACCAGGGAUGCAGAACUCGGGUUUCUAUCCAGGGCUUCAACAAAACGGGGGGUAUAGACCAUUGAACCCAUGGUAUGGACUACCAGUGCCAACACAGCCCAGCUAUCUACUAGGCUUUCAGCAAGGGCUCAGACCAUUGAACGCCAGGUAUGGACAGCCAGUGCCAACCGCUAUGGGCCCGUACCCACAACGAAGGCUAAAGCCUAUGCAAUUCUCCACAACGACGAGGGUUCAAACGCAGCCUGCACCGCUGCGAGAUAUCGAAUCCUCUACAAAGAGCAACAAGCUAUUCGACAGCUGGCUAGGCGCUCAUGGACGAGACCGCAACCAACCGCCGUCUCUAGAGCAGUUCGGGCCGCUGGUACCGCCGCAAUUACGCAGCGGGAGGAGCCCCAGUCAGCGCCAGGUGACAACUGACUUCUCCGAGGAGAGAGUUCCGCAAAUUUCCGAAGCGAAGGGCUACGUGAAGCCGAUCACACGAAGGACGUUCGUGAUGCAUGGCCUGUUAUGGCAUUUAACCGAAACGACGACGCUAUCGCCGCCUCCGUUGUUGAGAGACGAAGACGGAUUUAUGGAGGAGUUUGAACCCGAGUCGGACGACAGGUCGAUUUUCAGUGAGGAACACAAACACCUGCCGAAGCUCCCUCCAGACGUACCGAACACAUUCGACAAUAUAUGACUACUUUAACAUUA